CGGGGGGCCAGAUCUAUGGGGCAGGGCUCGGGGAAAGGCUGUGGGGCAGCGCUAUGGGGCAGAGCUCCCAGGGGCCGCUGUGGGGCGGGGAAGGCCGUGGGGGGGGCCGUUCUAUGGGGCGGGGAGCCCCGAGGGCCCCCCACCUUCGCCCCACCCUUCUCCCCGCACCCAUAAAUGGGGGCGGCUGCGCCCCACGGCACGGGCAAGGCCGAGAUGUGGGGCCGGGCUAUGGGGGGGGCCCGGCUGCUGCCGCUGCUGCUGCUGCUGCCAGGCGGCGCCGUGGGGCUGGAGUGCCUGAGCUGUGGGGCGGAGGACGGGACCUGCCGCCAGGCCCAGAACGUCACCUGCCCCCCGGAGAGCGACGUCUGCGCCGAGGCCUUGGCCGCCCUCACCUGGAGUCACGGGCGGCUGGCGCUGGGCGCGCGCGGGUGCGGGCGGGGCCGGGGCGGGGCCAACGCGCGCGCGCUGCCCCUGUCCGGCCUCGUGCUGUUCGCGCGGCGGCGGCAGUGCCGGGGGGGGCGGGGCUGCAACGGGCUCCUCCCCCUCGGCACCGACGGCGCCCUCCCCCUGCCGGAUGACAUCAGCGAGCAGCCGGCCAAUGGGCUGCGCUGCUUCGGCUGCCCCGAGGCCGGGCCCUGCUCCCCCCUCCGCGUCCUCGGCUGCUACGGCGACCAGCGCGGCUGUUUCCAUGGCAACCUCAGCCUCGCUCUCGGCGGGGUGAGGCUGUGGCGGGAGGUUCGGGGCUGCUCCCGGGACGCCGAGUGCGGCCCCACGCGGGUGGGGGACGACGCCGUGGGGCUGACGGGCUCCUGCUGCGCCGGCGACCUCUGCAACGGGCCCCUCCCCCCGCCGCCGCCCACCAAUCAGAGCUUCUUCGCCCCCGACCGGCCCCGCCUCCAGCUCCUCCCCCAGGCCCCCGCCCCCACGCCCGCCCCUAACCCCACCAAGAUGGCCGCCGCCGCCGCCGCCCCGCCCCCCACCAACCUCCCGGGGGGCCGCCAAGCCGCCCCCCAGACGGCCGGCGCCGUGACGGCGAUGGCCGCCACGACCACCGAGAUGGCCGCCGCGGGCACCAAGAUGGCCGCCACCCGGGCCGAGGUGGCAGCCGCCGGCACCCGGGGGGUCAACGGGGGCGAGGGCGGGGUCAACGGGGGCGAGGGCGACGGCGGGGUCCACUUGGCCAACGGCAACAUGGCCGACCCCAACAUGGCCGCCAUUGACCCCAACAUGGCCGCCAUUGACCCCAACAUGGCCGCCGUUGACCCCAACAUGGCCGCCGUUGACCCCAAGAUGGCCGCCGCUGACCCCAAGAUGGCGGCCGGGGCCCAGGCGCCAUCGGGGCGGGCGGGGGGAGGGCGGCCCCUGGGGGGGGCGGGGGAAGGCGGGCCGAAGGGACGGGGCCACCCCAUUGGCUGCCCGGGCUGGCUCCUCCCCCUCCUGCUUUGGCCCCUCCUCUAAAGGGGGCGGGGCUUGGGAGGGCCCCUCCCCCUCCCCUCCCCGGCCGUGGCUGG